UGACAGCAGACAGCACCAUACAAAUAAACAUUGCAGGAUAUCACAUCACAAGCAAAAUUUCAAGUUUUUUUUUAAAUAACAUAGUUUACACAUUUAAAUAUGGGAAAAUUUGUGCCUUGUGUCUUAUCAAUUAUUUUAACAGCAUUCGUUGCUCAAACUGCUGCCCUUUGGUGCUAUCAAUGUGUUUCUACACAGCCCGGAUGUGGUACACCCUUUAAUUGGUUAUUUCAUUGGACUAAAGUGUGUCCUGAGGAUGAUGAUGUUUGUGUGAAAAUCCUUGAACAAAAAGAUGGGGAAACCGUGAUUACCAGAGAUUGUCUGAGUUCUAUGAAAGGUAUUAGAACAGAUAUUCCGGCAGAUCAUUAUGAAGGUUGUAGGCCUGCAGCUGUAGAUGUUAAAUUAGCCAACUAUGUGAAUAAUUCAGUGAAGGAAUUGGAUAUUUAUGAUAAAUAUUAUGACAACACAACUUGGUGCUUCUGCUUUUUGGAUCAUCGAUGCAACAGUGGUAUUUCAUUCAAAGGUUCAUUGAGUUUUGUAGCUUUAAGUACAAUUUUAGCUCUAUAUCAACUGAUUUGAGCUUAAAUAAAAUUAUCAAAUAAUAAGAUAGUUAAAAGGUAACUGAUUUUUUUACUGACUGAUGUCAAGGCAUCUAACCUACUCUUAGGUGUUUAGGAGCCUAUAAAACUUCCAUUUUUCACAUGUUAUAUUAAGGACUAUUUGAUCUGGAAAAACUAAUCUUCAAUGUUUCACAAUAUCUGGAGCAAUUAUUGUUAUUGCUAAUUAAUUUUAACAAUGCCAGAUAAGUAUUUUCUCCUAUUAUUAAUGCUUUGAAUAUACAGUGAAGACGUUUAGGUUGGAAUAAAUCAGUUUCUAGAGAAUGGGCGAUUCUGGAGAUAAAUCCCGAAACAGGUCGAUUUUUAUUUUUAAAUUACGAUUUUUUGGCAUAUAUAUCAUACUAGUGACGUCAUCCGUGUGGGCGUGAUGACGUAAAUGAUGAUUUUUUAAAUGAGAAUAGAGGUCGUGUGAUAGCUCAUUUGAAAGGUUAUUUAGUUCUCUAUUCAGUAAUAUACCUAAACAUUAAGAUAAUUAUAGAGUAUCCAAAAAAAUGUUUUUUGAAUUAAAUUGAGACAAAAGAAGAAUUUAUGUAAUUUAUUUAAUGCAAAAUACAUUUUACCGCAACCAGAAAAAUAAUAAAAAUGUUUAUUUCAAAAAUAAACAUUGCUUUUUGCUUAAAUUAAAUGUUCAAACUGCCACUAGGCAGGACCUCGAUUUUUGACCCUUCGCUUCGUUAUGCAGGUGGGUAAUAGCUUUAAUAUUGAAUUGAAGCGAAGAAUAAUAUUUAUUUGUCAAAUAAACAUUUUUUCCUGUUUUCUGACAACAGUAAAAUGUAUUUCGAAUUAAAUAUUUUUUCUCUUCUCGAAACAUACAUUUUUCUCUUUGUCUCAAUUAUUAAUUAAAAAAAAUUUAGGGCGCCCUAUAUAAAUAAUUAUGUUAAUGUUUAUAUUACUGAAUUGAGAAUUAAAUAAUGCCUGAGAAUUUAAUAACGCCCACAUGGAUGACGUCACUAGUAUGAUACAUAUGCCAAAAAAUCAUAAUUUAAAAAUAACAAUCAACCUGUUUUGGGAUUUUUAUCUCCAGAAUUGCCCAUUCUCAAGAAACUGAAUUUAUUCCAACUUAAAUGUCCUCACUGUACAUUGUACAUUUCUAAGCUAUAAAUGCAAAUACUAGUCAAUCACAGCAAGGAUUUUAAAAAUAAUUCAUGUUUAGACUAGAUAUUUAGUAGCAGGCAUUUGUAAGGGAAAAUAUUAUAGAAUUGCCCAUUUUACGAUUUUGUUUCCAAAUGAAAGUGGCCUAAAUAUUAAUGGUAAAUUGUUGCUGUAAGCAUAUUCUCAAAGCAUUUAUAGUCCACUAAACUUAUAUCUUUAUUGGAAAAAAUAUAUGUGGUGUAAAAGUGCAAAAAUUGUUUAUAGUAUACAGGGUCUAUUUUUAUAGAUCAUAUAGAAUUAGUUGCUUUUAUUUUUGUUGACAUUGAAUCUCAAAUAAGAUCUAAUUUUAAUUGUUAUAUACUUCUAGAUUUAUUUUUCCAAUAAAUAAUCAUACAGAAGUAAAAAACUUCGUUUGUACAAUGGUAUAAAAAAGUUUAUUAAAAACCAUUAAAAGUCUUCCUAAAGGAUUCGCAAAACGUUUUCGAUCUAGAUCAGAUCAUCUUCAGUGCGUUCUGCUUAGUACAUGAAACUAGCAACCUUAUCAAAUUGGUAACAUCAAGAAAUAUGUUUUACAUGAUACUUAUAUAAUAUUUAUAGCGACUCCAAGUCGAUGUUAAAAGAUUGAAUGUGUUAGGAGUGCUCAAAGGGCAACAUGGUUCCCUGCUCGAUAAAAACUUGUGGUUCUUGCUAGUUCAAUGGACACAGACCAACAAAAGUGGACUUUUGUUGAUUGAAUGGAAAAGAUUGAAUGUGUUAGGAGUGCUCAAAGGGCAACAUGGUUCCCUGCUCGAUAAAAACUUGUGGUUCUUGCCAGUUCAAUGGACACAGACCAACAAAAGUGGACUUUUGUUGAUUGAAUGGAAAAGAUUGAAUUGUGUUAGGAGUGCUCAAAGGGCAACAUGGUUCCCUGCUCGAUAAAAACUUGUGGUUCUUGCCAGUUCAAUGGACACAGACCAACAAAAGUGGACUUUGAGCACUUCUAACACAUUAAAUCCUUUAACAUCGACUUGGAGUCGCUAUAAAUAUUAUAAAAGUAUCAUGUACUAAGCAGAACGCACUGAAGAUGAUCUGAUCUAGAUCGAAAACGUUUUGCGAAUCCUUUUGGAUGACUUUUUAAUAGUUUUUCAAUAAACGUUUUAUACCAUUAUACAAAUGAAGUUUUUACUUGUUCUGUAUGAUUUUUUAAUUAUGGUAUACAGCCAGCUACUGGGAUUUUCCCAUUGAUUUUGAUUUUAUUUAUUUGUCCGUCCAUUUCUGGUAUUUAUCAUUAUCUUUCUGUAAUUUUUAGAAAGAAAAUGUUACAAAUGUUUUGUAUAUGUUUUAGAAGUAAGUUAACAUUAUUAUUAUCAACAUAUACAUACAAGAUAUCCAUAAUUUAAUCAAUGGAUAUGUUGAGUUUGUAACAUAAAAAAGAAUAGAACCGAUAAGUAACUGAGGCCUAUAGAAUAAAUACCGGCUAGAUCCAUGUUUUUAAAUUUUGUCAGGAAUCUAAAAAAACAUUAAAAAUGAAAAUUUUCCAAAAAGUAUCCCGCGUUUUUCAAUCAAAGGGGCAUCAAUAAAUGUCAUAAAAUGGCACACUAAUUUGUCCUCUUAAUGCCUCUUACAUCUUACGAAAUUUGUACUUUUAGUUUGGAUUUAGCAGAAUGAAAAAUUUAGGAUUUUUGUACUUUUAGUUUGGAUUUAGCAGAAUGAAAAAUUUAGGAUUUAGCAGGUUUUGAUUUUGACGGGCUCAACUGAUAAGUUCUACCUCUAAAUCAAACACCCCAUUUGUAAUAUUUCAUCUUAGCAACUGUUCACUACACUGGCUUGCUUGACAGCCAUUCUUUAAGUAGACAGCUACUUAUGGGAAUGAAACCAUUUCUUUGUGACAUUUCUGUUUAUUAAUUUAAUCGUUAUUAACCAUAAUUUUCAUUGAGAAUAAACGUAUUUCCAAUUAAAAGCGUGGUUAAUUCACAUUAAAUAUAUUAAAUCAUAUCAUCACGGUGCUAUAGCCCUUAAAGGACCUCGACCUUCUCAAGCUUUCUGCGCCAUUCUGCUCUUAUUAUUAACAGAUUAAGUGCCGUGUGUUCUUUCCCUAAACUCAAAAUAUUAUGUAUGUCAUGAAGUGGCGGCUAGUCAGGGUCGGCAGUGCCGACCCUUACAUUUAUGAACACAUUAUAGAUUUUUUUAAAUAUUUAAUUUAAUGUGAGUUGAUGAUAUUCGUUUCUGUGAAAUAAAAAAAUAUCUGUGAGAUAAUACAGACUAAAUUUUAUUCAUUGGUUUUAAAAGAAUUUUCACUUAAUUAAACACUUUUAUUAAAGUUAAACUUUAAAGACUUAAUUAAAGACUAAAUUCAAGACUUUUCAAAUUAAUGAUGCUAUAGUCACGCACCCGAUUGCAAUAGGCCCGCUUCGGCAGAUUGACGAUUUGCUUGUAAUAAGAAGCUAUCGAAUAUUAGCCGAUAGGCAACCAAUUAUACAUUCCCUUAUUCAUUUGAAUGGCAAGUCCGGCAGAUACCAAUCUGCCGAUCGGUGAUCUGCAAACGGCAGCAAGGCACGUAGCUAGCCACGUAUUGCUAGCGCGACCGGGAUGAAACUAUGAAAUAAGUAGUUUUACGUCGUUUAAUUAUUGAUAUUGUAGUUUUUUUAAGUUUGCUACCAGGAAUUACCAUUUAGGGGAUAGGAUGAAUCGGAGCAUUCGUUAAAUCAAGUUAAUUAUAGAGAACAAAUAAAAUUGUUUAACAAAUACGAUCUAGAAUUUUCUAAUUUACUUUCUGUCUCGAAGAGAUUUAGCGGCGUACCUAAAACAGCACAGAAUGAAAGAAUCAAUUAGUAGUUACAUUUUGAUUCUUUUCGGUAAAGUAGACGAAACUACUGAUAUAGGUAACAUGUCAUUCACGUUACGUCUAAUAUUUAUGAGACGUUUUUAGGUUUUCAGACGUGAGUAGAAGCCAUAAGAUAGAAUAUAUUUUUGGUGUUUUAAAGGACAGAUUAAAAUUUUUUUGAUAUCAAAAAUAAAUUGGUAAAGCAAACUUAUGACGGCGCUGCCUUGAUGUCCGGUGAAUUGUAUGGUCUCCAGGCAAAAGUUAAAACUGUUACACCCCUGCUUUAUUUACUCACUGUCAUAAGUCAUUUACCUCUUUGACGAUUCAAAAUUUAAAAGUUACGCCAAAGAAUUGUCAAAAUGUUGAAUGGGUUGAAUAUGUGAGUUCAUUUUAAAUGAAGUAACAGUAAAAGACAACGUACUCACAAUCAUUUAAGUGUCAUUUAAAUGAUUGUGAGUACGUCUGUCGUUUAUUACUUCAAUUUUCAAAAUAUCUAUUAGACAAGUUCAUUAUCCAUCAUUCUAUAAUCAAAUAAAAUAAGAAAAUGAAAUUUUAUAUGCUGAUUCAAAUAUUUUCGGAAGGUGGGAUAAGUUACAAAAUAUGUAUAAUUUUAUAUACUGCAAUUCAUUAGGUACAAAAACUGUUCCCAAAAUUAAUAAAUUAUUGUUCUCAAAUAUGGGCAAAUUCUGCCUUAAAGGAACGGGAUUUCUCUCGUCUCAAAAGAGUCAAAACGUAUUGUCGAAACACUAUCAAACAAGAGAGAAUGUCAAGCUUGUCUCCAAUGUCAAUAGAAAAAACUUUUAAAAUCUCUCCAAAACAAUAAUAAAUUUUACAAUUACGUUAUAGUUAUAAAACAUAGACUAGAGUUAAUUUAUAAACAGGUUGAGGUUCUAAAUUUAUAGGAAAAAACAAAAAAAAAAAAAUAAAAAUAAACAAAAACCAAAACCAAAAAUCUCCUAUGAAAUUGAAGCCUUUUAAUUAGAUGACAUACCUAUCUGAGGAGACAAAACCUUGCCGACCCUGUCCCUAAAGCCACUAGCCGCCACUGAUGUCAUGCAAUCCCUGCACAGAUACAACAUUUUUGUUUUUAGGCUUUUGAAAAUGUUCAUAAUCCAAAUAAAUAAAUAAUAUGUUUGAAUCACUUAUAUUUUUGUCUUUGACAUUGUAUUCUACUGAAAAACUGUGAUGUUCACCCACUUGGGGUGGUCAAGUUUCAAUGUACUACUUACUAUCUUGGUUUUCACACAAGAAACCGAAUGGUAUUUGUAAAAUUGUUAUAUGAUAAUAAAGAAAGAAAAUAGCUCUGGUACCCAGGAGCAGUUCAGAAGAUUUGGUAUAACCUUAACCUGUUAAAUGUAGUAGAUAACUUAUGGAACAUAUAUACAGUUGCAUAUUUUAUUAUAAUUGAUUGCAUAUUUCAAGAAUAGACAGUUUGUUACUUACUUCUAAAACGUGAUUUUGUAAAUCCGUCCAUUUUUAAUCAUUAAGAAUAACAAAAAUUUAUGGAUACUAUUGUGUCCAUAAAAAGUUCAAAAUAUGUUUAUGAUGUGUCUUAGAUAGUGUCUUAAAAAAUCCGCAUUCAUAGCUUUAUCUACAUUUUGUAGAAUAUUAGAGUAUAUUUGUAGAACACAUUUUCAACUAGAUGACGACACAUAAAAUAAUGAAACAAAUUACAAAAUUACAAAAUGUUUAUGUGGUAUUUCGAUAAUAUCCCAUAUUUUUGGCUGAUUUGAUGUCAUACUUGUUUAAACAUAGUUAAACCAAAAAAAUACUUAAUUAAACUUAAUAAAUUAAACUAAAAAUAACCGAAUUAGUAUGGUUUUUUCUUAAAGUAAAGGUUUUUUUAUGAUAAAAUGCACGAAUGAUACUAAACGCUGAAUAAACGUAAAAUUUUUUUAAACUAAUUGAGUACCAUCAACCUACUAUAUGAAUAACAUCAGUAAUCUAAAAUUGCAAAAUAUUCGAUAUUUUUUCCAUGAGUAUAUAUUUUAAUAAAUCGUGGCAAUAGUAGUGACAGUGCAAAUCUGUUUCAAUAGCACAAAUCAUUUAUCUAACAAUAAAACACUGAAAACUGUUGUGCCUUCAAGUGAACUGUUAACUCGAGUUCAAAAUAUGUCUCUUCGCGUUUCAUGUACCUUUCCAUAAAUUACUCUGAUACAGCUAUUUUUUGUGUACAGUUGAAAAUUUGUUGUGCGAAUAUCCUAUCCUAAGUUGUAAAUAUUAUUAACUGUAACGUUUUAAACGAAUCUCGAACAAGGUGUAUAAUAAACAUGUAAAUAUAUAUAAAAAAAAAAGAAACAAAAUCUUUGUAAUUUUUAUAUUUUUCCAUUGGAUAAUAAAAUAUAUAAAUAUA